UCAGAUAUUUUGACUUGCUGACUAAUGGUAGUGUGUCUCGCGAGGAAUUCGUGCAGGUCCUCAUGGCAAACAGCAGCGCAGUGGCGGACGAUACCAUGGGCGCACUGGACAAUUCGUUCAUCAAUUUCGGGUGCGACCUGAUGAACAGGUUUUUCGGACCGGAGGGGGCCGCUCCAGCGCAAAUAGGACAAUUGGAAAGCAAGGAUACAGAUAGGACAAACGAACCACACGCAGACUCAGAUACAGAUACAAGCACAGACGUAGCCACACCAUCAGACAGUGACAGUCGGAUACAAUCACACAGAAACACCGAGACACUGGCAGAUGCAGACGUAGAUAGCAUAGACAAUCAGACACAUGACACACCCCAUAGCAACAGCACAGGCACACCCGACAACACACCAGCCACACUCCCACACACAGACGACACCCAGGCACACCCAGACACCCAGACGCGCACACACGAUGACAGGAUAGACCCAUCGUACCGAGACGAAGGGGUGUGGGAGGGGGAUGAUGUGACGGUGUCUGACAUGCCACAGGACCAGCCGGUGCGGUCACGUGCGUUGAACUUUCCCGAAUUCGCGGAGUUCUUCAGUGCCUUUCAGACGGAAUAUGCGCUGCAACUGUUCGAGCUGUACGACAAGAACAAAGCCGGGAGAAUCACUGUGGAGGGGUUUCUUGAAAUAGUACCGAACAUGAGCAAUGCGCGAGCAGAGAUGUACGCAGAGCAGUUCAUUGACUGUGUGGGCGAUAAGGGCUUCAUUACAUUCGCAGAGUUCACCGCUUUUCAGAAGUUCAUCAAUCACUUGCCGGCCAUUGAAAGAGUGUUGCGCGCUACCUUCCGGCGGUUCCCCGAGGCCAACAUCAACGCCAACACAUUCCGUGCUUUGGUUAGAUCGCAUGCUAUCAAUACGUUUACGCCGUUAGAAAACACCAUCUGCUUCCAUCUAUUUGGGUCAGAGGAUAAGAGCCUGAUUACGCUGACGUCGUUUAAGGACAAUAUCAUCAGCACGCCAAUGACCCAUCAGAUCUUCAAGCUGGAUGAUGGGACCAUUGACAUGGACGAGCAAAUGGCCAGUGCCGCACCCAACCGGUUUGGGGGCGAUGACUUACGGCGACUCAUAAGUGCGCGCGAUUUGGGCCGAAAUUUGGUCAUUGGGGCUGUGGCGAGUGGCCUGGGUGUGGCAAUGGUGUUUCCUCUGGAUGCGGU